AUGAGCGAGCCUGACACAGCUUCUUCCUCACGCCACAAUGAUCAAUCUGCUCAUAGCUCAACCGCACGAGCCAAAUAUCCACGCGCUGCUAAAUCCUGGACCGACACAGAAAGUUCAUUUGCUCCCAGCGGAGAAGGAUCCGAAACGUCUCAGCAAUUGCAUAGUACACUCAAAUUCUCUACCGGCCCAACCCUUACUGUUCACGAGCUUGAGAUUCUUCACAAGACUGUCUGCAAUACGAUUGUUCCAUCAUGGCUUACUCGUGUUCCACACAAGGUUGGCAUGCCAAUGUGUGGUACUCUUAAAGCGGCGGAGUGGCUGAGCCUGUACACUGUGUACAUGGUUCUCUCACUUGUAGCAUAUCACAACGACGCAGAACCCCACUCUGACGCGUCCAAGAUACAUUUAGGAAUCACACUCGCCACACAGAUUGUCAAUAUCUGUUUCUCACGUAGUCUGACCCCCGAUGAUGUCAACACACUGCCAUAUCUACUCAGUCAAUAUCGGGUUGUCGGACAGACAAUGAUAAAGAAGCACACCCAAAGAGGGUUCUUUCUCAAUUUCCUCAGGAACAUACCUCCGAAGUAUGCCAAAGAAAUAGGAGCUAACAUAAUCCUCAGAGCUGCUGCAACAAACUGGAAGCCGUAUUCGCCAUCUUCGGAAAUCGCCGCCGCAAUCAAGCCAAUAUUACACGAAAUGGAUUGUGACACCGCACUCCAGUUCCAGAUGACUUCAAGUUGGAAAUUUGGUGGCAAAUGUUUCAGCACAUAUGCUGAACAUCAUGGGGAUAGUUAUGUUGAGUUCAUCCAUCAAGGGACCAAAGGAUAUGGUGUCAUUCAUUACAUAAUCAGGUCUCAUGAACAUGCCCAGCCUAUGUUUGUUCUGCACGUUUUCCGGGAUCUUGACUCACAAGAUGAGCAUAAGAACCCUUACCGAUUGCUACCUCACCUAAACGCAACAGUCAAGUAUAAUCACAAUUUGAUACUUAAGGCUUUCCUUACAAAGGAUAUCAUAGGUCACUGCGCUGCAUUACACAAUCCAGCACAAACCUUUUGCAUAAACAAGCCAACUGUCUCUCUUGUCGGUCUUCAAAGUAUGAGUAUGGCAGACAUGUCUUCAAGUGAUAAUCGAAGGUCUUGA